AUGGUUCAUGUGAGGGAGGGACUGCCUGUUAAAUCUCAGCUCAGUGUCUUCAGCGCCUCAGUGUUUCUUCUUCUAACACACUCCUGUGCAGGUCAGUCUCAGCUGAUUGCUCCACCUCAGCCAAUAGUGGCGAUGGUUGGUGAUGAUGUCAUGUUGCCGAGCCACCUGGAUCCUUCCAUGGAUGCUGCUGCCAUGACAGUGGAGUGGACGAGACCCGACCUGGAGCCCAGGUUUGUCCACGUGUGGCGUGACGGUGUGGACCUUCUGAAUAACCAACACCCGUCCUACAAGGGAAGAACGUCUCUGUUCAUGGACAAACUGAAAAACGGAGAUGUUUCACUGACACUUUCCGGAGCAAAACUCUCUGAUGAGGGACGAUACAGAUGCUUCAUCCCUUUACUGGCCAGAGAAAUGUUUGUUGAUCUUGUUGUAGGUGCUGCCUCCUCUCCUGUCAUCAAUGUGACCGAAAGCAGCAGUGGAGUGGUUUUAGAGUGUGAAAGUAAAGGCUGGUACCCAGAGCCUGAGCUGUUUUGGCUGGACGCUGAGGGAAAGCUCCUCUCUGCUGGAGCUCCAGAGACAGUCAGAGGUCCUGAUGGCCUCUAUACUGUCAGCAGCAGAGUGACUGUGGAGAAGAGCCACAGCAACAGCUUCACCUGCAGGGUUCAGCAGCUCAGCAUCAACCAGAGCAGGGACACACACAUCCACAUCCCAGGUGUGUAG